CUAAGGGAAAGGCUUGGAACACCCUUGGGUGAGAGGCCUCCUACUUUGGUACCUGUGUCCCACGUCAUGAUGUGCAUGAACUGUGGCUGUGACUUCACCCUCACUUUGAGGCGACAUCAUUGCCAUGCCUGUGGGAAGAUUGUAUGUCGAAAUUGUUCAAGAAACAAGUACCCUAUGAAGUACCUCAAAGAUCAAGCAGCCAAAGUCUGUGAUAGCUGCUAUGUGGAACUUAAGAAAAGAGAGCGGCCACUAAGUGUGAGCUUCCCUCCAACUUCAUCCAGGUGUUCAAGCAGUGCCUUCUCCUCUGUAUUCCACAAUAUUCAUUAUUCAUCUUUUAAGAAACAGAAGAAGAUCCCUUCAGCUCUUAUGGAGGUGGCAGCCUCAGGAGAGGGAGCUACCAUCAGUGGUUACCUCAGCAGAUGUAAGAGAGGCAAAAGACACUGGAAGAAACGCUGGUUUGUUAUCAAAGGCAAAGUCCUCUACACCUACAUAGCAAACGAGGACAAAGUUGCCACAGAAAGUUUGCCUUUGUUGGGCUUCACCAUUACCCCAGAAAAAGAGGAAGGAACUAUGGACACAGUUUUCCAUCUCUACCACAAGCAGACUCUCUUCUAUAGCUUCCGAGCAGAGGAUAACAAUUCAGCACAGAGGUGGAUUGAAGCCAUGGAAGAAGCAUCUAUAUUAUAG